GCUCCAGCCCUUUCUCUGCCCUGCCACGUACGGGGGGCGGCGGCGGCGGCCGUUGCCGGGCUCGGACGAGGCGGCCUCCACGGGCGGGACCGCGGAGAAGCCACACUUCCUGCUUUCUGCCAUUGAUAGUGCAUGGCGGCUUAUCCUAACUCUGUCCUGAAGUGAGGUGGAAAAUCUGAUCAAUAAUUGAGCAUCAAUAAGAAGACCAAGGUGUCUAGAGAUCAGGAGUCUAUCAUGAAUGGGCAGCUGGACUUAAGUGGCAAGCUGAUUAUCAAAGCUCAGCUUGGGGAAGAUAUUAGGAGGAUUCCUAUUCACAAUGAGGACAUCACCUAUGACGAGUUAGUGCUAAUGAUGCAAAGAGUUUUUAGAGGAAAACUUCUGAGCAACGAUGAAGUCACAAUAAAAUAUAAAGAUGAAGAUGGAGAUCUUAUAACAAUUUUUGAUAGCUCAGAUCUUUCCUUUGCAAUUCAAUGCAGUAGGAUACUUAAGCUGACAUUAUUUGUAAAUGGACAACCAAGACCCCUAGAAUCUAAUCAGGUGAAAUAUCUGCGUCGAGAGCUGAUAGAACUUCGCAAUAAAGUCAAUCGUCUACUGGACUGUUUAGAACCGCCACCAGAACCUGGGCUUUCUGCUAAUCUACCUGAAAGCGAUGCUGUAGAUGGUAGGGAAGAAAAGCCUGCUGCUGCUGACUCUACUGUUAAGCCAUCUACUCAAGUUAUAGCAGCAAGCAUGUCUGCAUUUGAUCCACUAAAAAAUCAGGAUGAAAUCAGCAAGAAUGUCAUGUCAGCAUUUGGCUUGACAGAUGAUCAAGUGUCAGGACCACCCAGUGCCCCUGCAGAAGAGCGGUCGGGAACACCAGAUAGCAUCGCUUCAUCCUCUUCUGCAGCCCAUCCGCCCGGUGUUCAGCCACACCAGCCGCCGUACACUGGAACACAGCCACAGACCGGUCAGGUGGAAGGCCAGAUGUAUCAACAGUAUCAACAGUCUGGUUAUCCUGCUCAGCAGCCACAGGCUCAGCCUCAGCAACAGUACGGUAUGCAGUACCCAGCAGGUUACAGUCAGCAGCCCCCCUCCCAGCAAGCACAGCAGUUCCCGGCCUACAGCCAGCCGGCGGCCCAGGCUCCGGCCGCGGCCUUCCCGGCCCAGCCGCCGCAGCUGCCGGCACAGCCGCCCCAGCAGUUUGCGGGGGGCAGCUACCCACCGCAGCCACAGCCCUACACCACUCAGGCCUCCCAGGCAGCGCCCUACAGCGGGCCCCCUGGCUCCCAGGCGGCACCAGGCACCUACCAGCCACGGCCCGGCUUCACCCCGCCGCCGGGGAGCACCAUGACCCCUCCGCCCAGCGGGCCCAACCCCUAUGCCCGUAACCGGCCUCCCUUCGGCCAGGGCUACACCCAGCCGGGACCCGGCUACCGAUAAGGACCUGGUGCUGCUGAAUGCAAGCGACUCUCACGUACUAUUUCAUCCCAACUGACUCCAGUAUUUUUAAUUGAGGUGGCAAAACAUCCUUUAUAACUAUAGCUGGUAAUUAAAUUCUGCUGGGGGGAAUGACCAAAUGAAUCUUUCUGCUUUAAAUUGUAUCUGCUUCCUAGUUUCAUUUGGGGUUGGAUUUCAGGUUUGGGUUUUUUUUUUUUUGCCCCUGCCCCCCCCCCCCCCCUUUUUGUGUUUUGGGAAACACUACCUAAAUGUCUGUAAAGUGAUUGACAUUCUAGCUUGCCUUGUUUGAAGGAUAUUAAAAUCCUAGUUGGAAGUUUAGCCCACUUACUAGGCUUGUUUUUACUAAUAACAUGAUGUACUAAAUUAGAUUCAUUCUGGAGUUGAAAGUAGAUAUGAUGUAUUAUAAAUUGUCAUGCUCACAUGGAAAGCGAAUAAAAAUCCUGAAUAUACUA